AUGCCGGGCGCUGCGGUGCGGAGCAUCCGCCCCUACCAGUCCAGCGAGCAGUACCUCUACGCCAUGAAGGAGGACUUGGCCGAGUGGCUGAAGGAGCUGUACAACCUAGACAUCGAGGUGGGCACCUUUGUGGAGGUGCUGGAGACGGGGGCCGUGCUCUGCUCCCACGCCAACAACAUCACCCACGUGGCCGGGGAGUUUGCCCGUGCCUGCCCUGGCAUGGCCCGCCACCUCCGCCUGCCCACCACUGGCGUCGCCUGCAACCUUGCAGCACAGCCAGGCACCUUCCAGGCCAGGGACAAUGUCUCCAACUUCAUCCAAUGGUGCAGGAAGGAGAUGGAUGUUAAAGACGUCCUGAUGUUUGAGACGGAGGACCUGGUGCUGAGGAAGAACGAGAAGAACUUCGUGCUGUGCCUGCUGGAGCUGGCACGCCGCGCAGCCCGCUUUGGCAUGCGCGCCCCGACCCUCGUGCAGAUGGAGGAGGAGAUCGAGGAGGAGCUCCGCCAGGAGCUGGACCUGCCGCCCACAGACACCCCCCUGCCCCGGCCCCCCAAGAAACCACGGGACCUCCACAACCUCGACCAGAUGGUCCAGCAUCUGGUGAGCCGCUGUACCUGCCCCGUCCAGUUCCCCAUGAUCAAGAUAUCCGAAGGGAAAUACCGUGUGGGCGACUCUGACACUCUCAUCUUUGUCAGGAUCCUGCGAGAGCACAUCAUGGUGCGCGUCGGGGGCGGCUGGGACACGCUGGAGCACUACCUGGACAAACACGACCCGUGCCGCUGCACCUCGCUCUCUCACAAACAAGCCUGGAAAACCAGGACCCCCCAGCAGCAAGUGCAGCAUGAGAUCUGUCUGUGCCCGGCCUCAAAGGCAGCCACCCGCGGCCAUCCCCAGCCCGCGCUGCUGGUCAGCCGCUCGCAGAGCCCCCUGCCCCCCGUCACCUGGGGGUCCCGUGUCCCCCCCGGCCCCCGGGGCCCUGCCACCCCCUCGCCGGAGGGCUCGGGUCGCCCACCGGGUGCCAGCCCUCGCCGGGAGCCAGCGCAGCCCCGGAGGGUCCCUUCAAGCAGGUAAGCACCACCACCGUCCAGGUUGCCCUCUCAACCCAGCUCCCCUGGCCAUGGGGUGACAAGUCGGGCACCCACCCCUUCCCAGCUGGCCCCUGGCAUGCAGGACAACGUGGGGGUCCCCAAGGUGCCGCGGGGGAGCACCCCAGGGAAAAACCCUGCGGCACCGGCACGGGGCAGGUCCAUGGCACCCAGCAACCGGCUGACACCAGCACCCCCAAAAAGCACCCAGCAAGGAGGCAAAUCAUCUGUGGCAGCUGUCAGGCUACAGGAACCGGGGGUCCCCACCGUGGUGACACCCCGUGCCCCCAGCCCCAUCAAGCUCUGUGCCCCCUGCCCACAUCAGGAUGCCCGGGGAGACUCACAGAGCUGGAAAAGCCCACGGGAAGGGAGCCGGGGAGCCCUCAGCCGGGGUCAAUCACCCUCACCCCGAUAUUCCUCCAGCCGGCUUCCAAAACAGGACAGCAGCGUUAAAUCCACCGUCAAAGCCAGCCCGGCCGUCUGCCGGCCCCCCACCCCUCCGGCCCAUUUUGCAGAUGGGUGCAAAGUCUGUGCUGCUGGAGGGGAUCCCCAGGGGACCCGGCAGUGCCACCCAGCCCUGAGCCCAAGGGCUGUGGGUGCUGAGGGACCCGGGAUGCCAGCGGAUGAACUGGGGGCAGCCUGUGGCCCUGGCAGGGGGAGUGAGGGGCUCCGGGGGUGCUGGGGGCAUGCACAGCCCCCUGGCUACGACAGGGUGGUGGAUGAGCUCUCCCACGGGAGGCAGCCCCUGCGCCCUGUGGGGCUGGGGAGCGGAGUCCCCAAAACACCUCCGCGAGCCACCCCACAGCCCACGGCCCUCCUGGAUGGAGGGGAGGUGGAGGGGCUGGGAGCAGGGGGCCAGACCCCGCGGGGAGCCAGGGUCAGCAAUGUCCCCAAGCCCCGGCGGUGCCUGAAGAAACCGGAGCGUGUGCCCUCCAUCUAUAAGCUGAAGCUGCGGCCCAAGGUGCGUCCCCGGCGGGACCACAGGCCGGGCAAGCGCCCCUCACGCAUCCCCACCCCGCUGGGACAGCGCCUGUCAGCCCCCCGGGGCCAGCAUCACCCCCCAGGGCCCCCCCGGCACCCCCAGCCCAGUGGCACCCAUCCUGGGGCCAAGCCCUCGCCGGCCGACAGCAGCGCCUGGCUGACCGAGGACGAUGAGGAGGCGUGGGUCUGA